AUGAAAAAGAAAUCAGUGAUGAAAGGCUGUCCAUUGCUAGAUUUGAACCAAUCCUCAGAAGAAACAGUUAUGCAUCCAAAGGCAACAGAGGAGGAGCCCGAAUACGGCUGCAACUUCUGCCCGAAGAAGUUCUCUAACAAGCAAGCGCUGGGCGGGCAUCAAAACGCCCACAAACUUGACAAGGUCGGGCAAAAGAGACCCCGCCAACAACAACAAGGAUGCCCCGGUAACGCCAUUAGUCCAAAUUCCUUCCACCAUAAGAGGGCACACUACAUUCCAUAUAUGGAGCAUCAAUCUCAGGCAGUAAGAUUUGGUGGCUUUUGCACUAUUCCAAAACAGCCCUUUAUACCCCAAAUGCAUGCCCCUGGUCCUGGAUCCAUGUUCCGAAUAAUGCCUGGUGCACCGCAUCCCUUUAUGGGACGAGGUGCAAGUACGCCUAAAGAGAGAUCCACAGCGGCCGUUGGAAACAAUGACGAAGCAGGCCGUCAUGGGCACAUUCAGCAUCCAGAAGAUGGCCUUGAUUUAACAUUAAAGCUUUAA